CUAGGGCCAAUGGCAUUGAAACAACAUGGCGGACGAAGGGCAAGUAGCCAAGCUAGAAAGGCAUCUGAGCCUACUAAGAGAAGAAUAUGUCAAACUGCAGAACAAAAUGAUAGACAUAGAGCAGAAAUACAGCGUGGCGAUUGCUUCUUCUGGUCAAGUGAAUGAAAACACUUUUGUCAGUAGGCUUCUCAAGACUGUGGCUGAAUUGUAUGAUAAAGAUCUUUACAGUGAUAUAACAGUAUCAUUUGAUGGUCAGAAAGUCAAAGCACACAAAUUCGUUCUAGCAGCCAGAAGUGAUCACUGGUGUAGUAGAGAUCUCAAUGAAGUCAAUGAACUGGAGUUAACUGAUAUCAGCAGAGAUGUAGGACUGACCCUAAUGAAAUGGGUUUAUACUGACAAAGCUACCUUCCCUAAAGAUGAGUCAUUUCUUAUUCAACUUGUCAAAGCAGCUAACAAGUACAAACUCAAGGACCUGAGACACAGGUGUGAAAAGAUGCUGAUGUCAUCUGUUAAUGUAUCCAACUGCAUUAAGUUUUACCAAACAGCAGAAGACAUUGGUGCUAAAGAAUUGCAGAAGUAUUGUGCAGAGAUUAUUUCCAGCCAUUGGCAUGACCUGAAGACAGAAGACUUUAUCCACAUCAGUGCUCCUUUACUUUAUGAAAUGUUCAAGUCCAAAUCUUCGCAUCCACUUCACCUGGCUAUUAGACACCACAGAGAAGAUGUGCUAUUUCUUUUUCUGAUAGAGUUUAACUCACAACUUGCGCAAAAAGUGAAUGAAAUUGAUCCAACCACAGGCGAGCUUCCUUUACAAAUAGCUUUGGCAGAAAAGCUUGAAAGCAUUGCUAAAACUCUUGUUGGAAAUGGCUGUGAUGUGAACAAACCAGACAUGGAAGGUGACUGCCUCUUACACAAGGCUAUUAUGAACGGAGAUGAGUUUGCAGCAACAUUCUUGAUAAAGAAUGGUGCAAACGUCAAUGCUGCAAACCACACUCAGCACAUUACCCCUCUGCACUUGGCUGCUUCUUACAGGCAUUGGUCGCCAUCCAUGGGCACGUCCAAUAGUAAAGCUGCCCAAAUGACGUCUGCUGAAGGAAUGGCUAGAAUAACUGCUCUUCUUCUUAAAAAUGGAGCUAAUACUGAUGCUCGGGACAACGAAGGAAGAACUCCAUUGCAUAGAGCGAUCGAGGCURAUAAUGAAUCGGUGUUGAAUGCCCUACUUCAGAAAAAUAGUUUGAAUCUAGAGCUACGUGACAAUCAAGGACGUGUUCCACUGUGGUUGGCGCUGUCAUACGAUAACAAUUUUGAUCCAAUGGAUGAAGACAGUCUUGCAGCCAACCUUGUGUCUCAUGGUGCCUGUCCUGACUCCAUUAACGCAACAACAGGUGACUCACUACUCCAUAUGGCUGCUUCAAGUGGCCGAGAGAAGGCAGGCCUCUUUCUUGCUUCACGCAGCACUCAACUUGAUUACAUGAACAAGGCAGGGGAAACCCCACUACACUUGGCUUGUAGAAAUGGCAUGGUUACCUUGGUAACAGAGUUAUUGAACAGUGGAGCUAAUCCAAAUACCCAGACAACCAUAACAGAAGAAACACAAAUGAAAGCAUCCGAACGUGCAACCGCUCGAGGACGUGCAAAACUCGAAGCAAGAAAAAAAGCUAUUGAGCUUUUCAAACAAAAGCAAAAAGAAAAGGCAAUGGAACGCGCUAAAGAAAUUGAAAUGAAGAAAACAAAGAAAGAUAUAAAGACCAAGAAUGCUGCUCCGAAACAAGUUUCCAUGGCUACCGCUCCGACGGUUGCCGUUAAGGCAAAUCCUUUCGAAGAAGAUUUGGGUGUGAGUAACCCCUUCGAUGAGGAUCAACGGGGUUUCUCGUUUGGCUCAGAUGAAGGGAAUCCUUUCCUUGCGGAUAUCAAAGCAGCUGAGUCGGCAUCUUCUGGGGCAAAUCCUUUUUAUGCAGAAACUAAAGACUCAGAAACGAAGCAAGAAGAACACGAGGAAAGCUUCGAAGAAGACGGACUGACUAUCAGAGAGGACGAUCUACCAGAGCCAUCCGAAUAUGAUAUCAGUAAACUGAUUCAAGAGCAGAGACUGUAUGAAGAUCCCUUUGCUAAUGUCAUCAUCACUGACUGUCAUGGCAGGACACCUUUACAUGUGGCUGUUGCACACAAACACGAGAAUGUUGUCAACUGCUUCAUUAAUUUUCAAGACAGCCUUGGCCGAGGUGGCCGCCUUCUCGUUGUGCCAGACUUCAAUCUAACAGACUCAGAGGAACAAACUGCCCUAGAGUUCGCCCUGUGGACUGGACAAUACCAGGUGGCCGAGCGUCUCUUGGAAGCUGGGGCGGAUAUUGAUAUCCAGACCUCUAACGGUAUGACUUUACUGCACAAAGCGACGGAGAGACUGGAUAUAGGAGCAGCUUUGUUCUUAUUGGACCACGGAGCUGAUAUCAAUGUCAGGACGAAAGACAAUAUGUCUGUCUUGCAGUUAGCAAUCCACUGUCGUCUGCAGCCUGUUGUCGAAGCUCUCUGUUCUCGACAGACGGACUUGAAUACCUGUGAUGAGAAUGGAAAUUGUCCUCUUUGGUUUGCGCUGAAGAGUGGUCAGAUUGAUGUGGCGUCUACACUCGUUGCGCACGGCUGUGAUCCAGACGCGUGGAACAUGGGUCCUAAUGGUUGUACCCAGUCUCUUCUCCAUCGUGCCAUUAGCGAAGGUGACGAAAAGGCCGCUUGCUUCUUGAUCAGAAGUAACUGCGAUCUUAACAGUCCUCGAAGACCUGGCCCGGGUGGAGAUGGAGGUGUAGAGGCCUGGGACGGGUUGAGUCCACUUCAUCUCGCUUGUGCUGCAGGAUUGGAUAACAUUGUGCAGUGUCUUGUAGAACACAAGGCGAAUGUUAACAGUAAAGAUUCAGAAGGUCGUGCGCCAAUACACAUAGCAAUAAAUACCAAUCACCCAAUCGUAACACGUCUAUUGCUAAGCCAUCCUGAACUUGACAUGACGGCCAAGGACAGAUCAGGAAAAACACCCUUCGCUGUGGCUUUGAAUACACGUAAUCACGAAGCGGCGGCGGCCAUCUUGGCACGUGAACUGGGUGCUGCUGAACAAUUCGAUUCGAAAGGUCGCAACUUCCUCCAUUCUGCGAUCCUUAGCAACGAUGUCGACACUGUUUUGUUCCUCAUUGGGGUGAGCGCCGAUGUUAACUCGCGCAUACAAGACUCGACUCACAGAACACCGCUUCACCUAGCAGUGACUGUAGGCUCAGAAAUUAUCGUACGGCACCUCCUGUUGGCUGGCGCUCGUGUCAAUGAUGUGGAUAAACACAGGCAGACCGCUCUGCACAUGGCUGCUGCAAGCAAACACGCGUCUAUUAUCAGUGCUUUGUUAAGAGAAGGGAUUAAUCACGAUGCUGUGGAUGAGAAGGGCAAUAACGCUCUUCAUGUGGCAGUCCAGUAUGGUCACGUGGAAUGUGUACGCAUUCUUUUAACGGAAUCUUCUAUCAACGCUGAAGCUAUCAACACGAGUCGCGGCCAGAAUCCCCUUCACGUGUUGGCUCAAUAUGCCAAGGAGAACGCUGUAGCCAUAUUUGAACUGUUCUGUCAAUCAAUGCCUGAAUAUCCAAUUAAUUCGCUGGAUGCUGACGGCAACACCGCCUUAUUUUUGGCGUAUGUAAAUGGUGCCGCUCGACUAUGUCGUGAAUUGCUUAGAGCAGGCGGAAGCCUCGCAACUGUCAAUAAGCAUGGAGUAUCGAUAUUUAACGCUGAAGUCCCAACCAAAAAAUUACUGUACUCGCUACUUGAUCUGUUAGAUGCUGAACCGCCAUGGUCUGAUGGUACCAACUGUCACGAAUGUUCUGUCAAAUUUACAGUGAAAACACGGAAACAUCAUUGUCGUCACUGUGGUCGUCUUCUGUGUUCCAAGUGUUCCGAUAAACAGAUUCCCAUCGUUAAGUACGAACUUCCAAAACCCGUGCGAGUAUGUGAUGUCUGUUUUGAGAUGCUUACAUCUGGAGUGAGAUAGUCUUUGCGUAUGGCACUUCCCUUCUCGUCUGUCAUGUAGUUGCGUGACAAAGUAUGCGAUUUUGCAUUUUGAUCCGUUGUAGAAGUUUUAGAACAUUUUCCUUGUUUCGACAGUCUUUUGUAACUACGCGUCUCACAUCGAUAUUAUCCAUUCACAGCACUAUGAAUGCAGCUAGAUGUCAAAUCUCUCUAAUAACCUUUCUCGUGUAUCUAAAAAAGAGACGUACAUAGCUCACAAAUCUUCUACAACGGCUCAAAACGCAAGCAAAAUGACGGUAAUGACAUUUCAAAGCCAAAAGCUGGCGCAUGUGCAGACAAAUCUCUCGUUUCUCGUUGCUUCGAAUAGCAUAAAUUUCGUAUAACGAUAAAAGGUACAGUCGUAAUCGUAAGAAACUUAUAACGGGAUUUGAAACGUAUAACACUAGCACUGCUUGCUCAGGAAUAGUCAGAUAGGUGUUUAGAUACCAUAUUUGGAAUUUUGAGCUUGAUUCAAGAUGGUCGCUUCUAUCACAUCAAACUUUUUGCUGAAGAGGAAAUUAACUGAAUCUUACAGUGGAGCAUUAGGAAUAUCUGUCUUUAAGUAAGUUUUGGGAUUUUAAUGCAGGAGAAUGUGAUUUACGGAGAAGAACCAAUUUCUAAUAUUCUUGAGCAACGUACUAAAGAAACUACGUAUUAAUGGGUGUUACACGUUUUAUCCCCUUUAUGAGUUUGCCUCGGUGUUAGACAUUGUUUUUGUUGCAACAGGCAAAUGGAACAUGCAUCGAGAGAGAGUGAACGUGGUACAUUCUGGUCUAGUUUUGAUGUAAAUAUAUGCUGUUUACAUUAAAGCUUGGCAAGAAAACCCCGGGAAUCUAAAAUGCUAUUCGUAGCAAUAAAUACGUCGCGUAAACUUAAUUGCACUUAUGCCAUGACAUCUAGUUAUUGAAUGGUUAGUUUUGUUGCGGGACUAUCAUUUGGUUCUAUCCCCAAAGACCCCCUUAGAUCUUCUAAAAUUCAAUUAAAAUUAAAUGUUUAUCCCUCAGUUAAUUAAGUGCUUCACAAUCUCGUACUCAGAGUCCACCUUCCUCUCAUCUCUCGUUGCUUACCAAAAGGAACAUGACCUCCAAGUACGAGAUUGAGAACUUCAUUCCAUUUUUUUUUUUGCAUAACAGUGUCAUAAAAUCCAUUGCGGUAA